UUCUUUUUUUUUUUACUGUCGACGCUAGGUCUAAUAUCAUAUAUAUUAUCCACAAGACAAUUCAUUGGACAACAAACACAAAAUAACAGUUCAUGUAAGAGCUCUACUUGCACAACAGCUUAAACAGGGACUCCACAAAUCAUGUACACCACAAGCAAAGCUAAUUAGAAAACCCUCUCAACUUCAAAAAUAUUUUUAAUCACAAAGAAUAUAAUUAUUGAUAGCAUGUUGGAAUCCAUAGAAAACCCAGAUGGUGAGCAUCUUCAUACUAACACAGAAGUAGAAGCAAAGGAUAUAAAAUAGAUCUUUGUUAGAGUUUCAUCCUGUAUUUCAUUUCUUCGUAACUUUAUAAACAGGUUCCUGGAACCAUUAACUCGAGGGAAGUAUCCCUCAAGCAUGCAAAGUUUAGUCGGCAAUCGUCUGCCGGUAUUUUCUAAAAAGCAGUCCGAGCUGGUUAAGGGAUCAUACGACUUCAUUGGGGUUAACUACUAUACUGCCAGCUACACUUACAGUGUUCCUCCACCUCCCAACAAUGUUAAUGCAACCUUUUCCACUGAUGCACAGAUUAAUGCAACAGGCUGCUUCAGGAUGGCUUUACAUCUACCCACCGGGAAUAAGACAACUCUUACUCUAUACCAAGUCCAAGUACAACAACCCAGUCAUUUACAUUACAGAGAACGGUGUUGAUGAGCACAACAAUAAGACUGUAUCUCUUAAAGAAGCCCUAAAUGACCGCACCAGAGUUAGUUACUACAAGAAGCAUCUCCUCUACGUGCGCCAAGCCAUCAGGUGAUUUACGCUUCAAAAUUUGGACUAGAAUCAGUUGGGUUGUAAUUGUGACAAAGAAGUAUUUGAUCUCGCACUUUUUUUAAUUUGUUAUGCUGGUCCAAAGGACCUAAAACAUAAUCAGAGCAAACAUGUCAUAAGAGCAAUGGAGAUUCACAAGUAAAACCGUUCUUGAAACCUAAAUAGUCUCGCAAAGCUUACUCAAUCAAUCAGUGUUAAUGAAGCACAAAAGAGACCUAAAUUUCGGCUUCGAAACAAAUUUAAAAGAGAUGAGCAUGUAGAUGAUCGAACAUUGUCAAAAAACUGGAUAAUAUCUCCCACAAAUCGCAAGCGAAUCCAAAAAUUAACUCCUAAAACCCCCCAUUACGAACACUUCGGCUUAAUUGAGAAGCUAGAUCAAAUUGCACUAACACUGCGAGAUCAAAGCCAAAAAUGAAAGAAAAAUC